AUGUGGGCUCUGACGCUCUGCCCUUUCAUCGGCAAUUUCUGGCUGCCCAAAUUCAUCAACAUUCUGGAAACUGCAGGAGCAGUUUGCCAUGUCACUUUCUUCUUCGCUAGCAUUGUUACAUUAGUUGCAAUGGCGGAAAAGAACCCCGCAAGUUAUGUUUUCAAGACGUUGACACAUGGUGCUAGCGGAUGGAAUGAUUCAGUGGUCGCAUGGGGUAUUGGCCUCUUGACAGUCGCGUAUCCUCUGACUGACCCUGAAUCGCCAACUGAACUAGGCUUCGACGGCGUGUUACACAUGAGCGACGAAGUGAAGGGUGCACGGGUUCGUGUUCCACGCGCGAUGAUAUUUUCUGUUGUGGUCAAUGCUACCAUGCAAUUCCUUUACAUGGUCACUGUGCUCUUCUGCAUUGGCGACGUGGAUCGGGUGACCGCCUCGCCUUUACCCAUCAUUGAGGUUUACUACCAAGCGACAGGCUCGCGUGCUGCGACAAACGUAUUUGUCUUCAUGUUUAUUUUCAUCAUUUUCGUCUCGUUUGUCAACGUGUUUGCCUCGGUCUCUCGACUUCUGUGGGCUUUCGCCCGAGAUGAUGGUUUGCCAUAUUCUCGAGUCAUUGUAAAAAUACACCCGAAGCUGAAGAUCCCGGUUAAUGCCCUCAGUAUGGUUGCGAUCUGUCUUUUCGUGCUUGCACUUAUCAAUAUUGGCUCUAGCACUGCUUUCAAUGCUUUCAUAAGUCUGCCAGCAUUAGCACUAUGCAUCUCCUGCUUUUUUCCUAUCUAUUUUCUGUUCUGGACACGCUUAUCAAGAUUUCGUCCAGCGCCGAUAUCAUGGGGACCCUUUAAGCUUGGUCUCGCUGGACCGUUCGUCAAUCUCGGUGCAAUGAGCUACAUCGUCUUUGUGGUCAUUUGGAUGCCUUUUCCGGGUAGUCUACCCGUCAAUCGACUGAACAUGAACUAUGCGGGACCUAUACUAGGUGGGGCGAUAUUGGCUGCUGUGUUGGAUUGGUGCGUGGAUGGUAGGAAACGAUUCCGAGUACCUUCCACUGAAAAUCAUUAA